AUGUCUACCAUAAUCCCUCCUGCGCGAACGCUACUCCGCUCCCUGCCUCUACGCCGCCAACAUCCAACGUCUAUACGAUGCGCGGCCCCGCGAGUCAAUUGUAAAAAUUAUUCUGCUGCAGCAGCUGGCGCACGAUUGAACGUUCCAGUUCAGUACGACUCUACCCCGAUCCUCCAUCACACCGCCCGCUCUGCCCUCGCCAACCCAGAACUACCCCAAGACAUUCGGAACGGCCAAACAAAGCGCAUCAACCUCUACACUGCCGUCAACGAAGCCCUACGCCAUGCCCUACAGACAGACGAGCGCGUCCUCGUCUUCGGAGAGGAUAUACAGUUCGGUGGUGUGUUCCGCUGCACAAUGAACCUGGCUGCGGACUUUGGUACAGACCGCGUCUUCAAUACACCCUUGAGCGAACAGGGAUUGGUGGGCUUCGCUAUAGGCGCUGCUAGUGAGGGAAUGAGGCCUGUUGCUGAGGUUCAGUUUGCGGAUUACGUCUUCCCUGCUUUCGAUCAGAUCGUGAACGAGGCGGCCAAGUACAGGUAUCGCUCUGGAUCCACAGGGUACAAUGCUGGUGGUUUGGUGAUCCGUAUGCCGACUGGCGUGGUGGGACACGGUGCCCUAUAUCACUCGCAAUCUCCCGAGGCCCUCUUCACACACAUUCCUGGCCUUCAUGUUGUGAUUCCUCGAUCCCCAGUCCAAGCCAAGGGUCUUCUCCUCUCAGCGAUAAAGACCAACGACCCAGUAAUCUUCAUGGAGCCCAAAGUCCUCUACCGUGCCGCAGUCGAGCAAGUACCCGUAGGAUCAUACGAACUGCCCCUGGACAAAGCCGAGAUUCUCAAGCCCGGUAAAGACGUCACCCUGAUUUCCUACGGAACACCACUGUACACAUGUUCCGCCGCCAUCGCAGCAGCAGAGAAAGACUUUGGCUGCAGCGUCGAGCUGAUCGACCUACGAACCAUCUACCCCUGGGACCGGGAAACGAUCCUGGAAAGCGUGAAGAAGACGGGACGAGCGAUCGUCGUGCACGAGAGCAUGAUGAACGCUGGUGUGGGUGCUGAGGUCGCUGCAACUAUUCAGGAGAAGGCAUUCUUGAGACUUGAGGCGCCAGUGAAGAGAGUCGCAGGGUGGGCUACCCAUACCGGGUUGGUCUACGAAAAGUUCAUUAUUCCGGACGUGACACGCGUCUACGAUGCAAUCAAACAGACGAUAGACUAUUAA